AUGGAUCACAUUCAAGGUACCGACCUUGAAACUCUGUGGAUGCGCGGCCUGAAACCCAAGGAAAAAGAAACCAUUCUCAAUGAUAUUGCAACUAUCUUGACUCAACUUCGAACACUUCAUCCCCCCAAAGAAGGCGUGGUUGCGUCCGCGCAGGGUGGUGCCAUUCUUGAUUACCGUAUUGGGAGUCAACUAGUCGGCCCAUUUCAGUCUCAUUCCAGCUUCCACUCUUUUUUACGGGGUGGCGUUCCACUGGAAAACACAGCUCAGGUUUUUGGGGAAGAUAUUGCAUCUUGUCAUAGCAACAAUUAUCAGACGUUCUUCUCGCAUUCAGAUUUGGCCCCGCGGAAUAUUAUCAUUCGCAAUGGCAGAAUUGUGGGAGUUGUUGACUGGGCACUUGCAGGCCUGGUGCCGGACUGGCCCGAGAGCAUCAAACUUAAGCUUCCUUCAUAUGCGGACGAGCUCAUGGCAGAACGCCUUCUUUGGAGACUCUAUGAUGAACCAGGAAAUGUUUCGCGCAACUAGUUUGUCUAUUUAUAAUCACAAACAUUGCUUGGACUAGGGUUGGCAAGGCAUUGAUUGGCAUAAUCCAAUAUCCAGACUUUGAAUUCUUCAAUAUCAAAGUUCGGUAUCACUGAUUCAUUUUGUAGAGUGGAUAUGGCAUUCCAAACCCAAUGGCGACAUCUUUCUCCUGAUUCCUUAUCUGGCAGAGCAACACCCCUGAGGAUGGUUUCGAGAUCAUUUUCUGUCGUUUGCGGAGGAACUUUU